AUGAAACGUGUUCUUGCUUCUCUGUGUCUCCUGGGACUUUUUCUACAUGCCUUGACUCAAUGCACUUUCCCAGCCUCAGACUUUCAGCUGGAUGGAGAUUAUAUGUUGGGUGGAGUUUUUGAUAUUCAUCAUAGUGACACCACGUAUCAUGACAGACCCGAAGCCAUGGACUGCUCCAGUCGACCCUUGGUUCUGUCAAGUUAUCGGAAGUUUCAGUUGAUGAGAUUCUCAGUCGAGGAAAUCAAUAACUCCACAAGCCUCCUUCCAAAUGUAUCUCUGGGCUAUGAUAUAUUUGACCACUGCUCAGAUACACACAAUUUUCCAGGCAUUUUUAAACUCCUCUCAGUCGAUGGCAUGAUCCAGCCUUGGAGCAAAGAACCCAAGAGCGUGUCCAAGGUGAUCGCGUUGGUCGGCCCCUUUUCAAGCACUCAGGUCCUGACGGUAGCCCCACUGUUCAUGAUGGAUCUCAUUCCUAUGGUCAGUUAUGGAGCCUCUUUCUCUGCCCUCGGCGAUAAAGAAAAGUUUCCCUCUUUCCUCCGAACAGUGCACUCCAAUAAAAACAUGAUUGACGUGAUUGUUCAAAUUGUGCAACACUUCAACUGGCGCUGGGUUGCUUUUCUUCAUAGUGAUGACAUUUUUGGUGAAGACGGACGAGAUGUGUUCAUCAAGAGGAUUAGAGAUACGGAGAUUUGCCUGGCAUACACUGCAGUACUCAAUGCCCAAACAAAUUACUCACUAUUGUUCAAACAGAUAGAGGCACAGAGGAUACACAUCAUUGUUGUUUUUACUCCAAAAAUGACUGCUGAAGAUGUCAUUAGAUCAGCAAUCAAACUAAAUGUCACCAACAAAGUGUGGAUAGCUGGGGACAACUGGUCCUUAAACAAGAGGCUUCACAAAGAGAAAGGAAUCAACAAUAUUGGAACUGUCCUUGGAGUAUCUCAGCCAGUGGUGACAAUACCUGGUUUCAGUGAUUUUAUUUAUUCUUCCAGAAAAAAGACACGUUGUAAAAAUGCAAAACAAAAUGUGUUUUGUAAUCAAGGUUGCAACUGCAGCAGCUUGACUCCAGAAGAAAUCCUCACCGUGGACCCAUCUUUUAAUUUUCCUGUUUAUUCUGCUGUGUAUGCCAUCGCUCAUGCCUUACACAAUACCUUGCAAUGUGGAGUUGAUCAAUGUAAUGGCAAUAUUACAGUGCACCCAUAUAUGGUUCUAGCAGAGCUGAAGAAGUCAAACUUUACACUUUUAAAUCAACGUAUCCACUUUUAUGGGAAUGGUGACCCCCAGUUCGGCUCCUAUUCUAUAGUUUUCUGGAACCACAGUGGUGAUGUAGAGGACAUUGGCUACUAUAGAUUUCAACCAUCGGUUCAUUUUCAUAUCGACGACGCCAACAUUCAGUGGUACACAAAAGGAGAAGUGCCUACUUCUCUGUGUUCCCCAGAAUGUGAUGUCGGAUUUGCAAAAAAACAAGAUGGAAUCCACAAAUGCUGCUUUAAUUGUCACAUCUGUAAGAAGGAAACUUACAUCAACAUCACAGAGGAUCCCUACAAGUGCAUCAGCUGUAAGGAAACGGAAUGGUCUGAACCAGGAAGUACGUCAUGUGCUCUGCGGCUGGUGGAGUACGUCCCGUUCACAGACAGCGCGGCGAUGAUGAUCAUGGUGGCAGCUGGGGUCUUGGUGGGCCUCACACUCGCCAUGUCCGCUCUCUUUGCCAUCAACUUCAACACGCCUGUUGUCAGGUCUGCCGGGGGACCGAUGUGCUUCCUCAUCUUUAGCUGCCUCAGUCUGUGUAGUCUCAGUGUGUUCUUUUACUUUGGUAAGCCGACCACUUCCUCCUGCAUCUUAAGGUUCUUACCGUUUCUCUUGUUUUACACGGUUUGUCUCGCAUGUUUUGUGGUGCGCUCGUUUCAGAUUGUUUGCGUUUUCAAAAUGGCCGCCAAGUUCCCCAUGCUCCACAGCUGGUGGAUGAAAUAUCACGGACAAUGGCUGCUCAUCACUGUGGCAUUUGUUGCUCAGGCACUCCUACUUCUUUUUGGUUAUAUUUUUGGCCCUCCCAAGCCCUACAAUGAAACACUCGAGUACCCAGACAAAAUCAUACUUGGUUGUGAUAUUAAUCUCAACGCCUUCUCCGGUCCUGUGAUUUUACUUUUAUUGUUGUGCUCUCUUUGCUUUAUUUUCUCCUACAUGGGAAAAGACCUUCCUAAAAAUUACAAUGAAGCCAAAGCAAUAACCUUCUGCCUGCUCCUGCUGAUCCUCACCUGGGUCCUCUUUGCCACUGAGUACUUACUUUACCAUGGCAAGUACAUCCAAACACUCAACGCCCUGGCAGUACUCUCCAGUCUCUACUCCUUUCUGUUGUGGUAUUUCCUCCCAAAAUGCUACAUCAUCAUUUUUCAACCCCACAGAAAUACCAAUGAGUACUUCCAAGGUCUCAUUCAGAAAUAUACCAAAACCAUGAGCCAGUAA